AUGGGUCUUGCGAACCACGACCUUCCACCUCCGCCCUCGGGCAAAUACCCCGCCAAGGCUCAUGCCAGGCGCGUGGCUGAAUUCAUCGCUCAAAAUGGUGGACCAAAAGACGGAAUCAUUUAUCUGGAGGCGCAGAAGACUGCUAUGGUCGAGGAUGAUGAUCAAGCUGCACACUUUCGCCAACGAAGGUUCUUCUUCUACCUCUCUGGAUGUGCCGUUCCUGACGCGUAUCUUGCAUACGACAUCAAGAACGACCAUCUAACACUGUUCAUCCCUCCCAUUGACCCCGAAGAUGUCAUCUGGUCCGGUCUGCCGCUCCUUGAGAAGGAAGCGAUGGAGAAGUACGACAUUGAUUCCUGCAAGCCUUCAACAGAAGUCAACUCUUAUCUCACAUCACCCGAGACUCCUCAUGGUACCAUCUUGGCCAUCCCCAAGCAGGUAGCAGAUCAUGUCACAUUCUUGUCAUUCAAGGAGACCAACUGGGAUCUGUUAAAGAACGCCAUCGAAAGAUGUCGUGUUGUCAAGGACGAGCACGAAAUCGGUCUCAUCCGUCACGCCAAUGCCAUCUCGUCGCAUGCUCAUACAGAAGUCAUGCGUAUGGUCAAGAAUGCACGCAACGAGAGAGAAUUGAUGGGUACUUUCGUUGGUGCCUGCAUCAGCAACGGUGGUCGCGAACAAGCCUAUGGUUGUAUCUGCGCUUCAGGUCCCAGUGGCGCAACUCUUCACUAUGUACACAACGACCUUCCUCUAUCUGAGAAGCUCAAUCUGCUUAUCGAUGCUGGUUGCGAGUACAACUGCUACUGCUCAGAUAUCACACGCACAUACCCUCUCCAGGGUAAAUUCACAAAGGAGAGUCGCGAAAUCUAUGAUAUCGUAGACGAGAUGCAGGCCGAGUGUAUGAAGGCACUCAAGGCCAACGUAACCUGGGAGGAUCUACACGCUCUGGCCCACGAAAUCGCAAUCGAUGGUCUCCGCCGUCUCGGCGUACUCACUGGAGGCAACAAGAAAGAGCUCUUCGACAGCCGUGUCUCUACCCUCUUCCUUCCUCACGGUCUCGGCCACUAUCUCGGCAUGGACACCCAUGACUGCGGUGGCAACGCAAACUACGAAGAUCCUGAUCCCAUGUUCCGCUACUUGCGCAUCAGAGGCACUGUCCCUGCCAACUCUGUCGUGACCGUCGAGCCUGGUAUUUACUUCUGCCGCUUCAUCAUCGAACCUGCAUUGAAGGAAGAAAAGUACGCCAAGUUCAUCGACAAGGCUGUCCUGGAGAAGUAUUGGGAUGUUGGGGGUGUGCGUAUCGAGGAUGAUGUCCUUGUCAAGGAGAAUGGAUGCGAGAAUUUGACUACGGCACCUAGAUCUUGGGACGAGGUUGAGGCUUUGAUUCAUUCUGUAUAG